UCCGCUACAAGGGCCGCUGGCCGGUGAUCGACGGGCAGCCAAGGAAUGGAACGCGUCCAGUGGGACACGUCGAGGAGAUGGAGCAAUGAAGAUCAGCUCACGUUCACGUACUUAGGUUGCUUAUUGCAUCGCCGGAUCUUGAGAGAUGGAGGCAGCUCGUGGAGGCCUUCACCCAGCAGCAGACUGAUCAUGACUGAUUAUGAUAAUGAUAUGACACCCAAAUCCUGGCAGCAAAUUGGUUGCCUUGAAGGCAACGUUUUAAGGCGACCAUGAACUAAAAAUCACUUCCAGAUUCAUAAAGAUUUGCACAAAUCAGAUUUCCAUUGCACAUUAUGUUGUGGCCUUUCACAGGCACAAUCGUUCUUCUUGUUGUUGUUGUUGUUGUUCGUGUCUUUCAUUCUCGUUUUAUGCCCAACGAGCAGAAAAACAGGAUGCUGGCAGUGCAUGGCUGGGUGAGCGAGUGACAGCCCCAUCACAAACCGGCGCUUCGAGCCGAUAAGAGUCGGCACCGAAUGGCUCUGGGCCACACUCUGCCAUGUCGCUCACCGUGGAGGCUGCGUGGUUGUGGCUGCCCGUGAUAGCUGCCCUGGUGAGCACAGGAGCAGCACAGCCUGCCUCGGGAGCGUGCUACACAGAGGUGGACCCCAGGACCGGUGUGUGCAGCAAGGAGCUGCUGCUCGGUCACAAGACGUCCCAGGAGGCCUGCUGCCGGAACCCGACCUUUGGGUUUGCGCCACAAGGGAGGGCAUGCGCUGCGUGCCGGAAGGCGUUCCAGUCCGCGUGGUCUGACUGGUCGCCCUGCAGCGCCUCGUGUGGCAGUGGCGUCAGCUCUCGGGCCAAGGUCUGCAUCGGAACGGGCGCAUGCAACGAAUUACAUCCCUUGGAUCAACGCUUCCAGGUCCGCAUCUGCAACGCAGGCGUCUGUUGCCCAGUGCGAGGUGCUUGGGGCAGCUGGGGGCAGUGGUCUGCCUGCUCCGUCACAUGCGAGGCGGGACAGAAACGUCGCACCAGAACGUGUGAGGGUGCCCAUGCGUGCGGCGUCCGCUGCGACGGCCCAGGCAGCGAGAGCGUGGCCUGUCAGACCGGACAGAUCUGCCCGACUCACGGAGCAUGGGGCUCGUGGUUGUCGUGGGGCGAGUGCUCCAAGACGUGCCGGGACGACGGCGCCGUGCGGAGGCGGAGCCGUGCUUGUGACAGCCCCGCGCCCUCCUUGGCGCCGGCUGGGUCCCAGUGCCCUGGCGCCUCCCAGGAUACGGGGCCCUGCCUGGACCUGGACCCCUGCCCUGUGGACGGCGCGUGGGGCGGGUGGAGCGGAUGGUCGGGGUGCAGCGUGACGUGCGGGCUGGGCACGAGGGUCCACACCCGGCUCUGCGACAGCCCCGCACCGCGGUACGGGGGUCGGCUGUGCCCCGGCAGCGAGGACGGACGGCAAAGCCAAGCAGAGCUGUGCGACUCCCAUAACAAGUGCCCCGCCGACGGCAAGUGGACGGAGUGGUCGUCUUGGUCGACGUGCAUGUCCAAUACGCCGUACGAAAACCGCUGCCGGCCCCGCGUGGGCAAGCAGACGAUGCAGCGCAUCUGCAUGGGGCAAGAAGAGGAGGGCACGGCGUGCAUCGGCGAGGGAUUCAUCAUCCGCGCCUGCUACAACCUGGAAAACUGCACCGCCCGCGAGCUGAAGGUGAAAAAUCCCGAGUGGGGCGAGUGGGGCGAGUGGAGCCUCUGCCAGCCCCCAUGCGGUCAGUGCUCCAUCAGUGUGCGCCGACGCGUCUGCAAGACGCCGCUGCCAAGCUGGAAAACCGUCAAGGAAGUUGCCAACAAUGAGAACAUCCCCAUCACGUUCUGGGGAACUCCGGCUGAGGAGUGCACGCCCCGCAACGACGCGGAGGAGAAGCGGCGCUGCCCUGCCCUGCCCGCUUGUCCAAGGGGCGUGAAAGACGGCUGCAAUGGAGCUCCCAAGCCCACAAAGCCCCCCUGUGAUGGGGGCAGCGGGGAUGAGAACGCUUCCGGAGACAACCCGAGCGAUGUGGACUGUGAGAACUAGAGGAAAUCGACUGCACCACGGGACAAGACGCAAACCCAUCACCCUGCCUUGAUUAUGCUUCAAAGCAGCAUUGAUCUUAAGAUGACUAGCAUCGUACACCACUCAUUCUGUUAUAACCCUCACCAGCGUCUGGCGUGCGCCCACGUUUGCUUAUUACAUAAACAUGCAACACGUCCGUUCACGCUUAGAGAAUCUUUGAGCACGUGACGAAGGAUGAUUACAGUCGCCGCGUGGGUUGUUGUGGCUGUGUUUUUGGAGUUCACUUCUGUCGGGUUGGAGUUGUUCACUAUGUAUAUUGCGGCUGGACUCAGUGGCGUAGUAACUACAUUAUCAGUGACGUAGUGACUACAUUAUCAGUAACGUAGUAACUACAUUAUCAGUGGCAUA